CGAUAUUUCAACGAGAAACGGUAGAAAACGGAAGAAAGCGGAUGGAGCGAUAGCAACGCAUUGCAUUUUCAUAUGUGUCGAGAGCCAUUAAGCAUUAAUUAAACAUUUGUCGCUGUAUUUGCAAAAAAGAAAAAUGCGAUAAAAUGCAAAGGCGGUCGGUGUACACAACAAUGUGGAGAAGUAUCGAAGCGUAAAAAUUAAAGGCGCUGCAGCCACAACACCAACAACAAACGUCAAUAAACAACAACAGCAACGAAAUUAAAACGGAAAACAUAACAAAAAGGCAGAAAGCAGCAGCUGCAGCUCUUUAAUUUUGCUCCUUCGAUUUUUUUAAUGGCCAUACAAAUAAUUAUGGAGCAGCAGUAAAAACAACUUAAGGAACAACAGCAAUAAUAAUAAUACUAGCUACAUACAAAAAAAAUAUAACAAAAAUAAUAACCAUCACCAACUUAGCCUUAUCCUUUUCCUGAUUAAUUAUUGAAAAAUCACUUUAAAAAAGUAUAUUAAUAAAAAAUUAAAAUAAAUAAAAAUAAACAACAAACGCAGCGAGGGACCCACAGAAGAAUCAAAUCCAAAACAAAAAUGUCAUCGCCCAGUGCUGGUAAGCGACGCAUGGACAAUGACGUCAUCAAGCUAAUCGAAUCGAAACACGAGGUGACAAUCCUUGGCGGCCUCAACGAAUUCCAUGUGAAAUUCUUUGGUCCAACCGGUACACCGUACGACGGCGGCGUUUGGAAGGUGCGCGUCUAUCUACCCGACAACUAUCCAUUCAAAUCACCGAGCAUCGGCUUCGUGAACAAAAUCUAUCAUCCCAAUAUUGAUGAAUCGUCGGGCACAGUUUGUCUCGAUGUUAUCAAUCAGGCAUGGACAGCACUAUACGAUUUAUCAAAUAUAUUUGAAUCGUUUCUGCCACAGCUGCUCACAUAUCCGAAUCCCGUUGAUCCAUUGAAUCGGGAUGCGGCCGCAUUGUACCUGCACGAGCCGGAGGAAUAUCAUCGCAAGGUCGCCGACUAUGUGCAACGCUAUGCGACCGAGGAUGCUCUGCGAGCGGCGCAGCAACAGCGCGAGAGCAGCGACAGUGAGUCGAGCAUGUCCGAUUAUAGUGAGGAUGAGGCCAGGGAUAUGGAGUUAUAAUAUCAAUUUAAUUAUAUUAUCUAUACUAUCUAUAUGCAAAACAAAACAACAACACCAACAACAGCAGCAACUUAAAAAUGCUUCAUUAAAAUUAGCGAUUCGAUUCGAUUUGAUGUUGAUCGACGCAAUUCAAUCAGUUAAAAAUUAAUAUACAUAUAUAUAUAUAUAUUUAUAUAUAUGUAUAUUUAAACACACACACAUAUAUAUAUAAAUAUAUAUAUAUAUAAAGAACGUGAUUCGAUAAGUAAUAAUAACUGUACAGAUAUAUAUAUAUAUCUAUACGUAUAUAUAUAUAUAUAUAUAUGUACAUAUAUAUAUGUAUAUAUACAUAUGUGCAGUUAUUAUUUGUAAGCAAACAAACAAUUUGAAACAAUUCUUAGUAAUGUAGCAAUUAGUAGCUGACUAACAAAUCAAGAAAACCGAGCAAAAAACCCAAAAGCAUACAAAAAUAAUGAUAAUGAUAAUAAUAUUUGAGCGAAACUGUAAUUUCAACUGGUUCUAAUGAAAAAAAAACAAACAAACAGAAACAAAAACAAAAAAAAAGAAGAAAACUAGAAUAUAUACAGAGAAAAAACCGCGCUGACAUAACGAUCGUUAGUUGUGUAUACCUUAUAGAGCUAUACAUACAUACAUAUAUUAUAAAUAAUAUGCCACAACAACCGUUUUUGUCAGCUGUUUAGUAGUUGUAGGCGCACUUCCCAAAAAAAGAAAACCCAGAACAAGCUUUAUGUAAUAUCUCUAUACCUUGUACACCCAUCUAUAUCCCUAUAAUUCCCACUCCCUACACACAUACAUACCCGAUAUAACCACUUGACUACGUAGCCUUUGCGUUUUGGCUAUCCAAUCAAUCAGUGAAUCAAAAUGUCACCGCUUACAAUCAAUUAAGUAAAUUUAAAAUUAUGAAAAUCAAAAUUCAAAUUCCAAUUUUGAUGCAGCUGAUAUAUAAAUACAUAUAUAUAUUAUGACUAUUAUUUUUUUUCUUUGGCUAAUACUAAACAUUUGUAAAAUUAAGUAAGUUGUUUAUGCAAUAAUCUAACAAAAAAUGUCCAUAUUGUUUGUGUUUUAUUUUUAAUUAAAUGUCAUCUUAACUCCUGUGACUAUCAAAUACAUAUUUAUUCAACAAACGAAAAAAGAAAACAACAACAACAAGCAAGAAAUAUAAUCAUCUCUUAUGCAGACAUUUAAUUCAAA